AUGUUCGAAUCGGUUCAGCGAUGGGCUGAUGCGACAGGGCGUGCGAUUGUACAGCCUGUAAUGAUUGUAUCCUACGAAACCCUCCGCAAUCUACAGGAGCUUCUUGGUAACACUGAGAUCGGUCUUCUUCUCUGUGAUGAAGGUCACCGCUUGAAGAACGCAGAUUCACUUACAUUUCAGGCUCUGGAUAUGCUCAAAGUCAAGCGACGUGUCAUCUUGUCGGGUACACCGAUCCAAAAUGAUUUGUCCGAAUACUUUUCCCUCAUUAACUUCGCUAUUCCUGACGUGCUGGGCAAUCGCAACGAGUUCCGCAAACGCUUUGAACUGGAUAUUCUGCGUGGUCGUGACGCAGAAUCUACCGAUGCGGUGCAGCAAAAGGGUCGCGAGAAACUACAGGAGCUGUCAGGGCUAGUAAGCCAAUUUAUUAUUCGUCGUACGAAUGAUAUUCUAUCCAAGUACCUUCCUGUCAAGUAUGAGCAUGUCGUUUUCUGCAACUUGUCCCCCUUCCAACUGGAAUUGUACAAUCUAUUUAUUCGGUCGCCAGCCAUCAAGAAGCUUCUUCGCGGUGCAGGAUCACAACCUCUUAAGGCCAUUGGCAUUCUGAAGAAAUUGUGCAACCAUCCAGAUCUUUUGAAUUUACCUGACGAUUUGGAGGGAAGUGAAGAGCUAUUUCCCGAAGGCUACAAGCCAGGGGACCGAAGAAAUGUACCUGUAGCUCUCUCAGGGAAAAUGGCUGUACUGGAACGCUUCUUACGAUCCAUUCGCACUACCACCGACGACAAAAUUGUUUUGAUCAGCAAUUACACGCAAACGUUGGACUUGUUUGAGCGUUUAUGCCGAAGCCAGCGUUGGGGCUUUUUCCGUCUUGACGGGACUAUGAAUAUCAACAAGCGUCAAAAACUGGUGGAUCGAUUCAACGACCCAGAAGCUCCUGAGUUUGUGUUCUUACUUAGCUCAAAGGCUGGUGGCUGCGGUCUGAACUUGAUCGGUGCCAACCGUCUUGUGCUCUUUGAUCCAGACUGGAAUCCAGCGUCCGAUCAACAAGCAUUGGCUCGUGUUUGGCGUGACGGCCAGAAAAAGUCUUGCUUUGUAUACCGUUUUAUUGCUACCGGCUCUAUUGAAGAAAAAAUUCUGCAACGACAGUCGCACAAGCAAUCUCUAUCUACAUGUGUGGUCGAUGAGGAUGUCGAUGCCGAACGCCACUUUUCCGGCGAAGAUUUGCGUGCUCUAUUCGCGUUUAAAUCCAAUACCUUGUCUGACACUCACGAUACUUACAAGUGUAAGCGUUGCCAAAAUGGACGGCAAAUUGCCCCGUCGAAGGCCAUGCUGCUGUUUGAGAAGCCGGCUAGUUGUUUGGCUGUCUUUCGCCUGCUGCCUAUGGUUGCUAGACAGAUCAUUAUGGAUAUGGUCUUCCUGGACAAGCCUUUAUCGAUGGACGACUGCCACAAAUUAUUUAAAAAGCAAAGUGAGCACGCCCUGGACAUGCCUUUAGAGCGCAUGCAGCGACUGUCCAUCAUUAUGAUUAAAGAUGAAAAGUAUUUGUAUAUCAACGAAGUGUUCCGGCGUGGCAUUACAGGUGCACUUACAGGGAGUGGCGACGUCGAAUCCUUUGGAAAGCCAUGUAGCGACAUGCAGCAACAGGCCGUGUCGGUCGACUUUCUGGAUGAAUAUGCGAAGUCACAAUGGGAAACGAUUCUCUAUUUCAUGGUAGGCAGUGACCAAGCUACUGCGCCGCGAAAAACUGUUCUCUUUUUAUUGCAAAGAGCAGGUCUCAUGCAGAAGGACGGCACAAAAGAUGACAGCCUGAACAUCACGUCCCUCGGCUUUCAAUUCUUACUGCAAGAUGUGAAUUCUCAGCUCUGGGCGCUGCUUCUCCACUAUCUUAGUAUGGCCGAGGAGCGAAAUAUGGACCUAGUAGAGGUCUUAGCCUUUUUCUUUACCGUGGGUGGUCUUGAGCUAGGGCGGGCUUAUGAAACAAGAGGGCUGUCCCUUACACAGAUGCAAACACUUGAAGAACUGAGCGAUUAUGGUCUCGUGUAUCGCCCUUCCAAAUCUGCCAAGUACUUUUUUCCUACCAGGCUUGCCUCUACAUUGACAUCUACGGCCUCUCCACUGCUAUCCCGUCAAAAUGACCAAGAAGAGCAAGGGUACCUUAUUGUGGAGACAAACUACCGCGUCUAUGCGUAUACUUCCAAUUUAUUACGCAUUGCGAUUUUAAACUUAUUCGUUACAUUAAAAAGCCGGCUUCCCAAUCUAGUCAUUGGGCAGCUUACGCGGUAUAGUGUCAAAUCAGCCUUGAACAAAGGCAUCACGGCAGAUCAGAUCAUCGCUUAUUUGACACACCACGCACAUCCCCAAAUGUAUAAAAACGAUCCGCUUUUGCCUAUCACGGUGUCCGACCAAAUUCGACUCUGGGAGCGUGAGAAGAAUCGUGUAUCUACGGUGCAAGGUAAUUUGUACACGGAGUUUACUUCGCUUCAUGACUAUGUGCAAGUGCGAGACUAUGCGAAAACGCUGGGAGUGUUGCAAUGGGAAAGUGAAGAGAAACGAAUGCUAUUUGUAACCUCUGAAGGGCAUGAGCGUGUGCGUGAAUUUAUACAACGACGACGUGUGUAG